CGGCAACAACGCUUAACCAGUCCCCUUUGCAAAAAUCUCUCUGUCUCUCUGUUAUCUGCAAAAUCUCCAUUAAAGCUUCCUCGAAUCCUCUUAUUUUAAUCAAGCCAAAUAACACACUGUUAUUUUGCCUUUAAUUGUUUUUCAGUGAGUUUCAGAGUUUGUAUCACUGGAAGGUUAUAAGUUAUUAGGUACUUGAACUUGGAUAAUGAGAGGAAUUUUGUUACUGAUAUGGUUUGAUUUCUCUCGCCUAUUUCAGAGUUAAAGGAGAACGUGAGAAUCUAUGGAAUUUGAGAAAUAUUUUACCCAGGGAUGGAAAUCAGUUUCAAGUGCGGCAACUGACUCGGAAAAUCCCAGUGGUUGUUUCGACUGCAAUAUCUGUUUUGACUUUGCACACGAGCCAGUAGUCACCCUCUGUGGCCACCUCUACUGCUGGCCCUGCAUCUACAAGUGGCUCCACGUCCAGAGCGCCUCGCUUGCCUCUGAUGAGCACCCGCAAUGCCCAGUUUGCAAGGCUGAUAUAUCUCACACCACCAUGGUUCCCCUCUAUGGCCGUGGCCAAGGCUCAACCGAAGCUGAAGGCAAGACACCAUACAGGGGCAUGAUCAUUCCUCCCAGACCUUCAGCUUGUGGUGCUCAAGGUGUGGUGUCAAACACAUCUAACACCGGCCAGCGGCUUCCAUAUCGUAAUCCUUACCGGAGCCAUAACUACAAUGCUAAUCCAUACGGCAGUUUCGAAGAGGCAUCCCCAUCACCCUUGCUUAAUCUUGGAGACCCUACAAUGACCGGUUUGCAGCAACCAGUUGUUGGGAUGUUCAGAGAGAUGGUGUAUGCGAGGGUUUUCGGUCCCUUUCCAAACUCGUAUCACUUAAUGGGUACUGGUAGCCCUAGGCUGAGAAGGCAUGAGCUGAUGGCAGACAAGUCAUUGAAUAGAAUCUCCAUUUUUCUCUUUUGUUGCUUUCUUUUAUGCCUCAUUGUAUUUUGAAAUAUAGAACUAGGUUAUUCUCCAUUGUUCACCUCGAUAGUUAGUUUGUAAAGAGCAAUGGAUCCGAGUUUAUGAAACAUCCGUGGUUCAGUUAUAUUUAUAUAUAUAUAUGAAUUGAUCUUCAUAUUUUGCUGGAAA